AGAAUAUUACUCUAUUUACAACGCUUCAUCUAAUUAUGAGAAAACUGGUCCCAGAAACCGCGCAUCCGGCGGUACACCUCACAUCCAUUGUCAGCAAGGACUUGCGCGAACAGCUACUCAAGGUCCCGAGCCUGUUAGCCACUGAGGACCCCGUUUAUCGCAGCACGCUCGCAGCGUUACGUUCAAACUGGAAGUUUGCGUAUGUGGUGCAAUGGUUGUACAACUUCCGCAGCAACGUGCGAUUGGCGGCCGAGCUGUUUGACGUGGAUAACUUCGAAGAAGAGCUUGUGGGGAUCGCGUACCCUGCACCGUUUAUCGGUAAAUUGAAGACAAAUUUGAUCCAUGUGAUCAAGGGCGGCGCAUCGCGUGCGGGAAUAGAUCUGUUUGAAACCCACGUGAGACGCCUUUUUGGAUACGAUACGCCGUUGCGGGGUGUCGAUCCAUCACUCGAAGAUGAUGACGAAUACACAGAAGAUACCACCUUUGAAACGUUGAAUGUGCUUGAAAAAGUGGAGAUUUUGUACUUGUUGAUUGAGUUCGUCACUGCUCUACCUGCCUUCAGAGCGCAGAUGGACAAGGUUGCGCCGGGCAGCCACCAGCAGAUCGAAUACCGCCAACAGGCGAUCUACACAAGUCCUGGAAACGCGAAUGAACAGUACUAUUUACUCGACGAUAGCCGGUUGUACGUGCAAAGAGUGAACUACCCUGCGAUGAACGUGCCCAAAAAGCGCAAACACACCACAAUGGCGCCGGAGGAGUAUGAUAUAGAGCCGGAAGUGCAAUGGCAGUGCCUUACGGUGGGGAUCUACGAGUUCCACGAUUACAUCAAAAAGAACACCGGUACGAAAAACCGCAAGUUACAGACCGCAUUAACGCAAUGCAUUCCACAGAUCGCGGAACAGGAUCUCAAGCGGCGCCGGCAGAUCUUGGCGCGCCGCAAAACGGUGCAGAUGGCGAGUUUGUUGAUGCACCGCAAAAGGUCAUCGCGCUUAGAGGAGAAAGAGAAGCGUCGGGAAGAGCAUGCCGCGGUUGAGGCGGAGCUACAGGCGCAACGCGAGCGUGCUGCGGCACAGGAACGUCUUGCAAAGCGCCAAAUGUUGCGUAACGGCAACUUUUUGUCGCUGAGAUCGCAGCCCGAGCCGGGAAUGACACGUGCAGAGCGUGCUCUUCAGAGAAGGAUCCUCGAAGACACCUCAAACACGACUGUGUCUGGAUAUGCCACCCCGGAUGAAGUUGCCACCCCGGAUGAAGCUGCGUCUCCGGGCGUAACUGCAACACCGGAUGUACUUGCAACCCCUGACGCCUCGGAAAAUGGGCCCCAAUCCAGCUCAAACAUUCUGUCUGAUGAAUGGGAGUUCGACUGUGUCACAUGCGGUGCCCAUGGGACGAAUUACGACGACUCCCGUGAGAUGACCAAGUGUGAGGAGUGCGGCAAGUGGCAGCAUGUGCACUGCCAGCCGACAGAGGUACAACUACUCAUUAAGACUGUGGACGACUACCGGUUUGUGGGGGUGGAAUGUAAGGCAGGAGCUGAUGCUGUGAAAAAGGGCAUGGAGAUCAAUGAUGAGAAUGUUAGGGAGGAGGAGAUUAAGAAAGAGGAGAUUAACGAGGAUGUUCAGGUGGAAAACGAUCUAGAUUCUGAAAUUCCUGUGAUACCUGCUACUAUUGCUGAAUCCGAAACGAUACCUUCCCAUACUCUUUCUAUCUCAUCCAUGUUGACCUCGGAGUUGCCGGUGCCGGAAUCUGAAUCUGUUCCCCGUGAUUCCAUGGCGUCCUUGUUGAACCCGACCAGUUAGUCGUACAUAAGAAUAAAAAUAGAUAAGAUGUUGCUGUAAGAAGAGGGGGUUGUAAUGAUCUUUAAAACCGCCGCUAUUCUCUGUUACACUGACUACUCCAAUUCCUCGAUAGAGGCGGAAUUUCGGCUAAUUUUCACGCAUCUCUUUUAAGCAGUAGCUUACUAGGUAUAUUUCAUCUUGACCAUGGGUUUCUACUUCAGUAUUUGGG